AUGAUAUAAUAAUUUACACCUAGCUUAUAAGAAAUAGAAGAGCAAGAAAGCAAUUAUCAUACAAUUCUCAGUAUAGAUGGACCAUUAAUUACUGUGGAGAAUAUGCCAAAUGCAGAAAUAUAUGAGGUAGUGAGGAUAGGUUAGGAAAAGUUGCUCGGAGAGAUUAUUAAGUUGAAAGAAAGUGCUACAUUCAUAUAAUGCUUCGAAGAUACAUCUGGUUUGAGUGUGGGUGAUCCUGUGAUAAGAACUAGAUCUCCAUUUUCUAUUGAAUUAGGGCCAGGUAUUUUUACAUAAGUUUUUGAUGGAAUUUAACGAAGAUUAUAAAUCAAUUAAGAUGGAUCAUUCUUUUAUGGUUAAGGAUAAAUGAAUAUUUCAGCAUUAGAUCAUGAUAGAAUUUGGGAAUUUAAACCAUCAUCUAAUUUUAAAGAAGGUAAACUGAUUUAUGGUGGCGAUAUUUAUGGGUCAGUUUUUGAAAACAAUCUUUUUGAUGAACAUAAGAUAAUGGUAAAUCCUUUAGUACAAGGUAGAGUUACCUAUAUUGCCCCUGAAGGCAAUUAUACAUUAAAAGAUAAUAUUUUGGAAGUGGAAAUUGAGGGCAUAAUAAAUAAAUAUGGGAUGAGUCAUUUUUGGCCUGUUAGAUAGAAAAGGCCAAUAGUUGAAAAAUUAGAAGGUAAUACUCCACUUCUUACAGGAAUAAGAGUACUUGAUGGGCUGUAUCCAUCAGUCUAAGGAGGUACUUGUUGUGCAUCAGUGAGUUCAAUCGGUGGUAAAAUUUUUAUAUCUCAGUCGAUUAGUAAAAAUUCAAAUUCUAAUUGCAAUAUAUAUGUGGGAUGUGGAGAAAAUGAAUUUGAUAUUUUUAGAGUAAUUGAUGAAUUUUAUGACCAAAAAAUUCCAAUUAAAGAUCAUUAAGAGUCCAUAGCAUAAAAGACAUGUUUGAUUUCUAAUUCUUCAAAAAUGGUAACACCCACGACUGAAAUAUCGGUUUUUACAGGGAUAACGAUUGGUGAAUAUUUUAGGGAUAUGGGGUUAAAUGUGUCUUUUAUUGUUGAUUCAACAAAUCAAUGGUCUUAGGCUGUAAAUUAAAUUUAAGAGAAAUUGGGUGAAAUACUACCAUCAGAGACAUAAUCCGAAGUUCUUACAGCAAAAAUAGGGCAAUUUUAUAAUAGAGCAGGAAGGGUGAGAUGCUUAGGUUCACCAGAGAGAAUUGGAUCAAUUACUAUGGUUGGAAUUGCCACACAAUCAGAAGGAGACUGGGCCAACUCUAUAACUAAUUGCACAAUUAAUAAUUCUUAAGUCUUUUGGUUAUUAGACAAGAGAUUAUCCUAAAGAAAUCAUUUUCCUACUUUCGACAGGAUUAGUUCAAAUUCUAAAUAUGAAUAACUAUUAGAUCCAUAUUAUAGUUCCAUAAAUCCUGAAUUUAAUCGUUUAAAAGAGAAGUUAUAAUACAUUUUGAGUAAAGAAUUAGAACUUAUUAAAAUAAUAUAAUUAGGAGAAAAACCUUUAUUAGAUGAAUAGCAAUUAUCUUUGGAAAUAAACCAAAUAAUUAUAGAACAAUUCAUAUAUCAAAAUACAUUCAAUGAUUACGAUGAUAACUGUCCUCUUCCAAAAACAAUAGGUAUGAUGAAAUGUAUAGUUACCUUUUAUGAAUGUGCAUAAAAGGCCAUUCAAGAUGAACAAUUUACUUGGAACUUAAUAAAGUAAAAAGCAAAAGAUCAAAUCUACAAGUUGAAUGGAAUGAAGUUUUAUAAAAUUAAAAAAUCAGAGCUAGAAAAUCAUUUUAAUAAUUUUGCAAAUGAAAUUUAAUUUUUAUUUAAAAAUUUACAAGAAGGAUGA